UCAAGUGUCAAAAUUGAAAUCAAAACUCAUUUCAUGAAUCGCAAUUGCAUUUUUCGUCCAUUACUACAAAAAUAAUAAUGAUAAACUUUACUGCGUUCGUAUCAUGUCGAUUGCGGCACAAUUGUUGAUCUACGUUACUGUGAUACAGUAGUCUACCACAAGCAUAUCCGACGAAAUGUAUUGUUUGCAAUGGUUGAUCCCCGUUCUUUUAAUUCCGAAGCCCGUGAACCCGGCAUUAGUGAAUACACACGUUAUGUUCAUGGUGUUAUAUUUAAUAGGAUUUUUCCUUGAACGGAAACCAUGUACAGUGUGCAGUGUCGUCUUCCUAGCCGCAGUGAUUCUCAUUUGUUAUAGCGGCAUCGGGAAUUGUUUAUUUUGGGCGAGUCAGUGUGAAGCCGAGAAGUAUGAUACCUAAGGCUGCUCGCAUACCUUCCAGAGUUACCUUUAAAACUGCUCAAAGUGCAACCAAGUGUUCCGGUCGUGCGGAAUGGCGGGAAAACGAGGAGACGUGUU